CCUAAAUUUCCCGCCAAACUUUCUUCUCUCGCAUUUUGCCGCCAAUUUCAGCCUUCUCUUUCAUUCCCAUUAUCUCUCUCUCUCGCUCUCUCUCACCCGACUCGCUCGUUCUGUGUGACUGUGAGAGGUGAACAAUGAAGGACCUUGACUUCAAUGCAGAAAAAGAACUCGCGAAGGAGUUCCUUUCGAACUUCGCGGAUGCGAAUGGCAGAGCUAAGUACAUGGAAAUCCUACAAGAAGUUGCAAACCGCAAAAUUCGAGCUAUCCAUAUUGAUCUUGAGGACUUAUUUAACUACAAGGACCUGGAUGAAGAAUUUUUCAGUCGGGUUACUGAAAAUACCCGCAGAUACAUUGCAAUAUUUUCUGCUGCAGUUGAUGAGCUCAUGCCAGAGCCAAUGGAGGCACUUCAUGAUGAUGAUCAUGACAUAUUGAUGACACAGAGAAAUGAGGAUAGGCCAGAUAGUGCUGACGCUUCUGAUUCCCUUGAGAAGAUGCCUCCAGAAAUUAAACGUUACUUUGAGGUUUAUAUCAGAGCACCUUCGAAGGGGCGAGCAUUUACUAUUAGGGAGGUCAAGGCUUCUAAUAUUGGUCAGCUUGUAAGAAUAUCUGGUAUUGUAACUCGUUGUUCAGAUGUUAAGCCACUGAUGCAGGUUGCUGUAUAUACAUGUGAAGAAUGUUGUUUUGAAAUUUACCAGGAAGUAACUGCUCGAGUCUUCAUGCCCUUGUUUGAGUGUCCAUCCAGGCGCUGCAAAACAAACCGAGUAAAGGGAAACCUGAUUCUUCAACUCAGAGCAUCAAAGUUCCUGAAGUUUCAGGAGGCCAAGAUUCAAGAGUUGGCUGAACAUGUUCCAAAAGGCCACAUUCCACGGUCAAUGACAGUUCAUUUUAGAGGAGAACUUACAAGAAAGGUAGCUCCAGGCGAUGUUGUUGAAUUAUCAGGGAUCUUUCUUCCAAUUCCUUAUACUGGUUUUAGGGCAUUGCGUGCUGGUUUAGUUGCAGAUACAUAUUUGGAGGCCAUGUCUAUCACACAUUUCAAGAAAAAAUAUGAGGAGUAUGAACUUAGAGGAGACGAGGAAGAACAAAUUGCACGAUUAGCUGAGGAUGGUGACAUUUAUGAUAAGUUAGCACGAUCAUUAGCACCCGAAAUUUAUGGUCAUGAAGAUAUUAAAAAAGCUUUACUUCUACUUCUUGUGGGCGCUCCUCACCGGAAGUUGAAGGAUGGGAUGAAGAUCAGAGGGGAUUUACAUAUAUGUCUGAUGGGAGAUCCUGGAGUUGCUAAGAGUCAGCUUCUCAAGCACAUAAUAAAUGUGGCACCGAGGGGGGUAUACACCACAGGAAAAGGAAGCAGUGGAGUUGGUCUGACUGCAGCAGUUCAAAAAGACCCAGUAACAAAUGAGAUGGUCCUGGAAGGGGGAGCUCUGGUCCUGGCAGACAUGGGUAUUUGUGCAAUUGAUGAGUUUGACAAGAUGGAUGAGUCAGAUCGUACCGCAAUACAUGAAGUUAUGGAGCAGCAGACUGUUAGCAUUGCCAAGGCUGGGAUAACCACAUCUCUGAAUGCAAGAACUGCUGUUCUUGCUGCAGCUAAUCCAGCCUGGGGAAGAUAUGAUCUAAGGAGAACUCCAGCUGAAAAUAUAAAUCUUCCACCAGCCCUUCUGUCAAGAUUUGACCUUCUGUGGCUGAUCCUAGAUCGAGCUGACAUGGAUUGCGAUCUUGAAAUGGCUAGGCAUGUCGUUUAUGUGCAUCAGAAUAAAGAAUCUCCUGCCCUUGGGUUCACUCCACUUGAGCCUUCUAUUCUUCGUGCAUAUAUUUCAGCUGCAAGGAGAUUGUCCCCUUGUGUUCCAAGGGAGCUGGAAGAAUAUAUUGCUACAGCAUAUUCUAACAUUCGGCGAGAAGAAGCUGAAACGAAUGCCCCACAUUCCUAUACAACCGCGCGAACUCUGCUUAGCAUUCUGCGAAUAUCAGCUGCACUGGCAAGACUACGGUUUUCAGAGACUGUGGCACAGAGUGACGUGGAUGAGGCACUUAGGUUAAUGCAGAUGUCAAAAUUCUCUUUGUAUACUGAUGACCGUCAGAAAUCUGGCCUGGAUGCUAUCUCUGAUAUCUAUUCAAUCCUUCGAGAUGAAGCUGCAAGGACUGACAAGACAGAAGUGAGCUAUGCUAAUGCCCUAAACUGGAUUUCUAGAAAGGGAUACAGUGAAGCUCAAUUGAAGGAAUGUCUAGAGGAGUAUGCAACGUUAAAUGUGUGGCAGAUAGAUCCACGCUCCUUUGAUAUUCGUUUUAUCUGAUGCAUGAAUUCUGUGAUUUAUCGAAGUGAAGCAAAAUCUUUCUGAAGGACUAGGGUCAGUUCGGGACUGUAACUCCAUUGAGAAAAAUAAACAUGUAAGUAAUUUACAGGAUAGAUCAUUACUAACUUCUACAGAAAUGCCUUGAGUUAUUGUAGUGAGUUUGCUUUGCAACAAAAGUACUUACAACUGCAGCCGUCUUGUAUUAUAUUAUGAAAUUAAAUUUGAAUAGAAAGCUGUAUUGUGCUGA